GAUUGGCACAUCCGCCGUGUUCGCUCCACGUCAUUGGUGGGAGUCAAACGCGCGUCGGGCCACGCGGCCGAUCCUCUUAAGCGCGGCCGCCUCCGCACGCCAUUGACGGCGCCGCUGGCUCAUCGAUAGCGGAACCUUUUUGACACGCGUGACCGAUGACUUGUUCUUAGCUCCCACUUCCGCAUUCAUUUCGCUGUCUCCUCUCUCGCCUCAAAAUGGCCUCUGGCGUGCAAUCGGGUUCCCGGCGUUGCUGGGCCCGACAUUUCCGCAGAAGGGAAACCCAUCCGACCCAAGGAGCCCGGUCGUCACGGCGACCGGGCUCCUCGGCUUCAUUAGCCGCCGGCAUCACCGAGCGACAAGCAUGUCCGACUUUCAUCACUCACUCAAAUUCGUAUCCAGGAAUUAGUCACAUCCCUUCCACACCACUUCUCUAUAGGUUUAGGCGCACAAUAGACAAAUCACCCUUUUCAAACAUUCGUACACACAAACAAGAGAUCUGAUGAUGCGAGUGGAUAUGUGUGUGAGCGUGUGUUUGCGUGCCUACGUGUGUGUGUGUGUGUGUGUGCGUGUGUGUGUGUGUGUGUGUUCGUGUUAGAGCUUUUUUAUAAAAGGUCUGGAGGUCGAGAUGUCUGCAUUUUCCAUCAGAGGGGCGGCUGUCACCAUCACAUGCAGAUGUGUCACAGCCCCAUGCGGCAGCUGGCGUUCUUCAUGCUCCUGGUGGUCUUCCCCGCCGGAUUCUGCGAGCAGAACCAGAGUCGCCGGGCGGUUGCCGAGCACCAGCUGAUGCACGACCGUGGCCGCAACAUCCAAAGCCUCAAGCGGCUCAUCUGGCUGUCGGGGGCCAUGGAGGGGCUGCAUACCGCCCAGACUCGCUCGCUGGCGCCAGCCCGAGAGGCCUCCGACGCCGAGGCCAACCCCGAUGUGGUCUCUCUGGUACACAACUUCCUCAGAAAUUUCUUCAACAGUCCUUACGGGACACGCGUGGCCCGGCGAGAGGCCUAAAGCCGUCGGCCCCACCAAGACCGGACUGCUUGGUGACACACUGAGAUCAGUACAGCCGAUAUUAAAACACAGCCCUGUUCAAGCGGCAGGUUUUUGUGAGGUAAAAAAAAAAAAAAAAGAUUUCAAGCACUUCAAAACUAUUUCCACCUUAAUGCUGUACGACUUAGUUGGGGGCCGGGGGGUGAAAAAUUCGAAAGGGACUGAAUGCAGUGUCGCCCGUGUGCACAUCUUCUUAAAGUGCAGUAAUGAACCAUUUCGAGCUAUUUACAAACUUGUCCUCCAAUUUCUGUAGCCUCUCGUGAAAGCGGACUGAUUAUCUUCGUAUUGAAUUCAAUAAGACAUUUGCUUAUUUUCUGAUGAGUUACCAGUACCCAAUUCAUAAUCAAUUUACAUUAAAAUAAAAAGAGUCAGUAUGGGUGUCACGAUCAAAUAUGUCUUCGAUUACUCGAGUCAACAGCAAAUAUUAAUCAGAAAUGGUGGCAUGUGUCCCUAAAUGGAUUUUGGAUGCUGAUUAUAUUAUACUCCUGUUUGUAUUAUUAUGAAACCCUGAUGUGUGAGCAAAAAAACAAGGAUAGAUUUAGAAUUCCU